GUGAAUUCUUCUUUGCAUCGUCGUUGUUGCUGGAAGGCGGAAAAUCAAUUUCUAAUUAAACUGAGAUUCUUCAAAGGCAGCAGCUGUUCUAAUUAGAUUUCAAUCGAUUUUGUACGAACGCCGCAAACGUCAGUGCAGUUGCAUUCUCUUGUUGCUAGCAGCUAUCGUUCACAAAAGCCACUUGGAACAGAACAGCGGUUUUAAGCGCACCAUCCCAACAGUUCUACUGAAACCACUCUAAACGCAAAGUACAAUGGCCGAUUACUUCGAGGACAUGGGACACGAACCCACUGGUGCCGAGGGUCCUAAUGAUUUUGCCAAACACUACAAACGUCUACAAGUUUUGGCCAUCAUGAACGGCAUUGAUAUGGAAAUUGAGGUGCCGGAGGCGUCUAAACGCGCAAUCGCCACACUGCCGGAGCAUGUUAUUGUCGAGGCGGAUGUUAAGCAGGAGUUGGAAUGUGCCGUUUGCAAGCAGCCGGCGGAGAUCGAUGAAAAGUAUAAAGUUUUACCGUGUAAGCACGAGUUUCACGAGGAGUGUGUGCUGUUGUGGUUGAAAAAGGCAAACUCAUGCCCAAUGUGUCGUUAUGAAUUGGAAACAGAUGACCCAGUCUAUGAGGAGUUGCGUGAAUUCCGACAAGACGAGUCCAACCGCCGUGAACGUCAAAAUUAUAUGAUGGAUUCGAUGUUUUCUUGAAUAAAAUCUUAGUAAUUUGUUAAAACAUACAAAUGGUGAGAGCCGUGGUGGUGGAGUAUGGUUUUAGCUGCAAUUUUUUAUUUGAAAAUAAAUACAUAAAUAAAUAAUGCUUUUGAAUAUCCUA